UCGCCACGCAAAUCUCUUCUCCUCCGCUCCCUCCGCUCCCCGUUCCCCAAAAGGCUGCUCUCGAAGGUCAAAACUCUCUCUCUCUAACUCUCUUUCUCUUUCGCCCUCCUCUCUCUCUUUAAUGGCGGCUGGGCUAGCUAAAGAAGAGGAGCACCAGAUCUUUCUCGCGACCCAGUGCUCCUCCUAACCCGGCCUCCCCCUGUUUUCCCUCCCCUCCUCUCCUGUAUUUCGAUUCUAUCCCCAUUCCACGGAAACCGGAUAAAAAAAAUCCAAUCUUGGCACCUCUUGCUCCGAGAUCCGCUCCUUGUUCCAAGGAGUACGUGGAGAACGAGAAACCCUCGGAUUUGAGCUCGUCGGGUCCGGGGUUUCCGAGCAAACACACCCUAGUGGCACGAGAAGGAGGGGGUGUUGGUUAGGGAGUGGGCAAUGGAGACCGCGUGGAGGCGAGCGAAGAGGGCGCUGGCGGUGAAUCUUUGCGUCUAUGUUCCGGGCAAUCUGGACGAUGACGGUGGCUCGCCUUCCGGCGGGCACGCCUCCGGGACGUCGUCGGAUGGUGCGGCGUCGGAGGCGGCUCCGGUGUCGCCUUGGGGGGCGUCGGAUUACCAGGCGCUCAUGCCGACGACGCCCACCCCGACCUCCGCCGGCCUCAGGCUUUCCAAAUCCGGGAGCAGAUCGUCAAAGAGAACAUGUGCUAUAUGCCUUGUCACCAUGAAAUCAGGCCAUGGCCAUGCCCUCUUCACUGCAGAAUGCUCCCAUACAUUUCACUUUCAUUGCAUAGCGUCAAAUGUGAAGCAUGGCAACCGUGUGUGCCCUGUAUGCAGAGCCAAGUGGAAGGAGAUCCCCUUCCAGGCCCCCCCUCCCUCUGAGCAUCCUCAUGGGAGAGCGCGAGUAAACCCAAUUAACUGGCCUCAAGAAGAAGGCUAUAUGACUGUUGUGCGUCGGCUUCCUCGUGCAGAUUCUGCAAACCGGCAGCACCACCUCACUCCUCUAUUCCACACUUCAGAGCCAAUCUAUUUCAAUGACGACGAGCCUCUAGACUUGCAGCCUGAUACAACUAGAAACUCCCAACGUGGAUGUAGUAAAACAGUGGAGGUCAAGGUGUACCCGGAAUUCUCUGCCAUUCCUCAGUCAGCCUCCCGAGAGAGCUUCACCAUCCUGAUCCAUCUGAAGGCCCCACACGCCAGCACAGACCAGGUUUCUAGCCGAAACAUCAAUGCAAGCUCAACAGCCUCACAAACCUCUCGUGCUCCUGUAGACCUUGUCACAGUGCUUGAUGUAAGUGGCAGCAUGGCUGGCACAAAGCUGGCACUUCUUAAGCGUGCCAUGGGGUUUGUUAUCCAAACCCUAGGACCCUCUGAUAGGCUUUCUGUCAUUGCCUUCUCUUCAACUGCACGCCGACUCUUCCACCUCCGUCGGAUGUCUGACUCUGGUAGGCAGCAGGCCUUGCAAGCUGUCAAUUCGUUGGUGGCCAAUGGUGGCACUAACAUUGCUGAGGGACUCAGGAAGGGGGCCAAGGUGAUUGAGGAGCGUAGGGAGAAGAACCCGGUAUGCAGCAUCAUUCUUCUCUCUGAUGGGCAGGACACAUAUACUGUAGCCUCUAAUUCUGGCGGAACUCAGCGUUCACAAGUAGACUAUGAAUCACUUGUUCCAUCCUCUAUUCGUGGUGCAACCAGCUAUCAAAUACCUGUCCAUGCCUUUGGUUUUGGUGCAGAUCACGACUCUGCUUCCAUGCAUUCAAUCUCAGAAACCUCUGGUGGGACUUUUUCUUUUAUUGAGACUGAGGGUGCAAUUCAAGAUGCAUUUGCUCAAUGCAUCGGCGGGCUCCUGAGUGUGGUUGUGCAAGAGACGUGGGUGGGUGUGGAGUGUGUGCACCCAGGUGUGCAACUUGCUCCAAUCAAGUCAGGCAGCUAUGCAAGUCAGGUGGCAGGUGAUGGACGGAGUGGAUCAAUUGAUUUGGGUGACCUGUAUGCCGAUGAAGAAAGGGACUUCCUGGUAUCUGUAAACAUUCCACCAGCCCGUGAAGAGAUCGUGCUGCUGAAGGUGUGUUGUUCCUAUAGAGAUCCAGUAAUGAAUGAGACUGUCAACUUGGAAGGUGAAGAACUGAGGAUUCAGAGGCCAGAGGUUGUUGCAGGCCAGACCAUGUCAAUUGAGGUCGACCGUGAGAAGAAUCGUGUUCAGGCUGCAGAGGCUAUGGAAGCUGCGAGGGCUGCAGCUGAGCAGGGUGCGCUAUCUGAUGCAGUGUCCAUCCUGGAGGAGCGUCGAAGGAUAUUGUCUGAAUCCCUGGCAGGACGAUCUGGUGACAGGUUGUGCUUGGCUCUGGAUGCAGAGCUGAAGGAGAUGCAGGAGAGGAUGGCUAAUCGGCAGAGGUACGAGGCUUCUGGGAGGGCAUAUGUGCUAUCAGGGCUCAGCUCACAUUCAUGGCAGAGGGCAACAUUGCGUGGGGACUCGACAGACAGUGUUAGUCUUAUUCAUGCCUAUCAGACACCAUCUAUGGUCAACAUGCUAGAGCGAUCGCAGACAUUGAGUCCAUCUCCAUGGCUUCUCAACCCACCAAUCCAUCCGGUCAGGUCCUCAUCCUUCGCGACACAACCGCAGCCAAGGUAAUUAAGUUCACCAUUUCUGUAAAAGAACAAGGGAAAACAUUGUAUUAAUGUUUUCGUUUAUUAUCUUCAUAUUUUGAGGUGGGGGUAAAUGGUCUUGAUGGCAUACUAGAUGGGGAUAUACUCCCGGGUUGUAAAUGAAUAAAAUCUGGGAAGGUGGACAGAAAUGAAGGGUUAAGGUGAAAGGAGGUAUAAUGGUUUCAAUGGUAAAAAAGGUGUUGGUAUUAGCUCGGUUUUUUUUUCCCUCUUUUUUUGGCUUUGGUGUUGCAUAUUAGAGAAGGUUUUCCCUUAAAUAGGGCGGUAUACGCUUGUAAUAUUUGGGAAUUCAUGGGGGAGCAUUCUAAUUUUGGAUAUUAAUUUCUGUAAUAUUUGGCUAAUUCAUUUAUUUCAACUCUUCGGUCUCUUUGUAA